AGUUCAAUUAUUACGAUGGUCAUCUGGUUUCUCUCAACCCUAGAGAGAGAAGUUAUAGUGUGUGAGAGAGAGAGAGUGAAUUGAGUGUGAAGUUGCGUGGAGUAAACCCCCAUCUCACACAUACUCUCUCUUCAACGUAGAGUGUUUGGCUUUGUUGGUCUGAUUAGAACCUGCACAGGCCUGUCAUAUUUCAUAUUUGCAGGUUUGGAGUUCAUCAUAACCUUUCAUUUCAUCACUACCACAUCACUUUCACUUUCACUGUUCUCUCUCUUUCUCUCUCUAAACGCCAAACAUCUCUCUAUCUCUAGUAACCACCAUCUCCACUUUCUUUCUCUCUCUACGUAACUUUUCUCUCUCUCUAAAUAUAGAAUAGUCUUAGUCAUGGCGGAGCGAUUUGAACCUUACCAUGUCCCACAACAGAGCAGGAGAGAGAAACUCAGAGAGGUCGUCCAGAACCACCCCCGAUGCGCAGAACACCUCCAAGAGUGCACAGGUUACCCCCCUCUCUACGAUCCAUCCGAUUUGCUAACUUGCACCAGCCUCCCCAACCAAACCACAAGCUCAAGUAGUUGUGGGGUUGUUAAAGGCGAGGGUGUGAAUUUGAUGGGUUAUGUUGGAAAUUUCUUCAAUGUUGCUUCUUCGUCAUCAGCUUCCACUUCACACCAUCUCUAUAUGGACCCACAAUCGUCUAUUCACAUAAACCCUAACUCGAUUCAAGAUAGUAUGAGCAACAACCCUUUUCUCUACACCCCUCAAAACCUUAGAGUUCUUGAUCAGUCCUUUCAUGGUGGUGAAAUUGUGGUGUCUAAACCAGAAGCUUUGUUGAUGACUCAUGAGUCGGUUAGUACCAAUGGGCAAGGGUUGUCUCUGUCUUUGUCUUCACAUCAUACCAACCAAAGCAAACUUCCUCUGAAAAUGAUCCCACAGAGAUACGAGUCUUCAAUGUUGAACGAAAAGCUUACACCUGGUUGUGGGUAUAAUUUUCCGGCCACCAUUUGUGGUGGUGGUUUGUCUUCAAACGACAUAUCGAGACCGAGUUCAGUCCCUCUCGGUCCCUUUACUGGUUAUGCUUCGAUUUUGAAGGGUUCGAGGUUCUUGAAGCCUGCAGAGCAAUUGCUAGAGGAUUUUUGUGAUGUGGGUAGGGGAAUUUACGCAGAAAAGAUUAGUGUGGACUCGAGUUUGGUGGAUUCUUCACUGGAAAGUUUAAGCGGAACUGGAAUCGCUGAUGAUUGGCACAGUUUCGAAGAUGAGGGCGAGCACCGGAGGAAGAAAUCGAGGCUAAUUUCGUUGCUGGAUGAGGUCUACAAAAGGUGCAAGCAUUAUUGCCAACAGAUGCAGGCAGUUGUAGCAUCAUUUGAAUCUGUUGCUGGGCUUGGCAAUGCAGCUCCGUUUGUGAAUUUGGCUUUAAAAGCCAUGUUUAAACACUUCAGGUGCUUGAAGGAUGCAAUCACUGACCAGCUCCAGUUCACUAGGAAAGCUCAUGGUCAUGUAGGCUAUAGAAAAGAUGAAACUACAAGGUUUGGAAACUCCAAUAUAGGUCUUUAUAGCCCAAGAACAGUUCAUAACUUGGGAUCUCUUGAACAGCAACCUGUUUGGCGGCCCCAAAGAGGACUUCCUGAGCGUGCUGUCAGUGUGCUCAGGGCAUGGUUGUUUGAACACUUCCUGCACCCCUACCCUACGGACACGGACAAGCUAAUGUUAGCUAAACAGACUGGUCUCUCACGUAGUCAGGUCUCCAACUGGUUCAUAAACGCAAGAGUAAGACUUUGGAAGCCAAUGGUGGAAGAAAUACAUUCACUUGAAACAAGGCAAGAUCAAAAAGCUUCGCAAAGGGAAGAACAACUUGUCGACAGGCCAAGUGAUCAUUUGCCUACAGCCAACCUGUGUGCGUCUGGUAACCCAUGUACCUCUAUCCAAAGGGCUGAAGACCUCUCAUCUAGCUGCACCAGAACUGAAUUUCUUGAUGCACCCAUGGAGAGUGAGGAGCCAAUGCAUUUAUCUUAUGACAAUUUGUUGCGUCAUCCACAUGUCAGUGUCGGUUUGAGCUCUGCAGGUGGAAGUAGUGGUGUCUCUUUAACACUGGGUCUCCAUCAGAAUAAUGGGAUUGGUUUAUCUGAACACUCUCCGAUUAGUGCAGCUCACCAAUUCAGCCUUGAUGCAAAUAACGAGCGGUAUAUAACAGGUAAUCUUGGAGCACAGAAUCAGCGAUUUGGAAGGGACAUUAUUGGAGGGCAACAUUUUCAUGAUUUUGUUGGCUGAAGAUAUCAUUUUCUAGGGCUGUCUUCUCUAGAUAAUCUAGAUAACGUAAUGAGAAGGGCUGCAGUUGGUGGACUCAAAUCAAUCUGUCUGUUUCAGACAUGAUGAAGUUAAAUGGUUGCUCCACUCUGGUGGUAGAAUGUAUAGUCAUAAUUUUUCCAAAUUCACUCUUUGGGUAUAUAUACGUAUGUGUUCUACUUUUUCUAGAUGUGUACACAAUCGAAAUUAUUGCAAGGACGUUUACAUUUUGGUCGCGAAAUUGGAAUCCUUUACUUUUUCCU